AUGUCACAGCCGCCAGAGGAAGUCAGCAGCCGGCCCUUCGCGGCCCAACUCAGCAAUGUUUACCUCAGCAUUCUGGCCUUGUUCUGCUUCAAACUCUUUGUCAAAAUCUCCCUCAACCUCCUGACACACUUUUACAUUGUGCGGGGGAACCGUGAGGAGGCAGCGCGGAUCUCUGCAGAGUUCUAUGACCACGGAGAGAAGCAGCGCUCCUGGGCAGAUCGCUCUCCGCUCCACGAUGCAGCCGCUCAAGGCCGUCUUCUCGCUCUCAGAACUCUCAUUGCCCAGGGCCAAAAUGUAAACGUGCUGACCAUAGACCACGUGAGCCCACUGCAUGAGGCCUGUUUGGGGGACCACGUUGUCUGCGCUCGGACCCUCAUUGAUGCUGGAGCUAAUGUGAAUGCGGGGACCAUAGAUGGUGUCACUCCGCUGUUUCACGCCUGCUCUGUGGGAAGUGUAACGUGUGCAGAGCUGCUACUGGCGAAUGGAGCCCACCCACAGAUGCUCGUGUUCCAGCCCUCCCCCAUCCACGAGGCCACCAGAAGGGGACAUUACGGCUGUGUGGAGGCCCUGGUCACGUGGGGCGCUGAUGUGGACAUGGACAUCCCCCAUCUAGGCACGGCUCUGUACACGGCCUGCGUCUGUCAAGAGCUGGAGUGCGCUAGAAAACUGCUGAGAGAAGGAGCAGACGUGCAGAAGGGCCGCUCCCUCGACUCCCCUCUCCAUGCUGCUGCAGAGAAGGACUCUGCGCCGAUGGUCAAACUGCUGCUGGACUUCGGGGCUGAUAUAAACGCCAGGAACAUGGAGUACAAGCGACCCGUGGAUGUGGCCCCUCCCAGCAGCCUCACAGAGGGAUUUCUGCUCCUCUAUGAAGCCACUCCAUGCCGGCUGAGUCAGCUGUGCCGUCAGUGCAUCCGGAGCUGUGUGGGGCGCGACCGUCUGCACCUGCUGGCUCAUCUGCCCCUCCCCAGGAGACUGCAGCGAUAUCUGAGAUACCAGUGA